CACCGAUCAGCAGAAAGAGCCCAUGACGUCGGCUCUGUCAUGUGAUCAGAUGUGUCCAAUCGCAUCUGAUCAGGGGACAUCAGUGUAGCCCCAUCAGUGCCACCUGUCAGUGUCCAUCAAUGCCACCUGCCAGUGCCCAUCAAUGCCACAUCCAUGCCAAAUAUCAGUGCCUACCAGUGCACAUCAAUGCCACAUAUCAGUGCCCAUCAGAGCUGCCUUGCAGUGCCAACUAUCAGUGCCAGUCAGUGCUGCCCAUCAGUGCCGCCAAUCAGUGCCACCUAUCAGUGCCAUAUAUGAGUGCUGCCUUUCAGUGCCCAUCAGUGAUGCCUGUCAAUGCCCAUCAGUGCCACCUACCAGUGCCCUCUCAUCAG